CGGAGCUUCGGCCCCGCCGCGUGCUCGCGCUCGCGCUCACGCUCACGCUCACGCUCACACUCACGCUCGUUCCCGGGUUCUCGGGCCGGGAGAGCUCGGAGGCGGUUGCGCGUGCGCUGCCCAGCCUGGUCCCCGCCCCCAGGCGCACCGGGCUCUCGCGGCAUCGCCGCCAUGUGUUCGUUAGCGUCGGGCGGAGCCGGCGGCCGAGGCGCUGUGGAGGAGGAGGAGGAGGAGGAGGAGGAGGACCUGCCAGGACUGUCAGACAGCGGUGACGAGUCCGCCUGGGAGGAUGAGGAAGAUGCCGAUCUCCCCCACGACAAGCAGCAGACCCCCUGCCUGUUCUGUGACAGGUUAUUUACAUCUGCUGAAGAAACAUUUUCACACUGUAAGUCUGAGCAUCAAUUUAAUAUUGAUAACAUGGUUCAUAAACAUGGACUUGAAUUUUAUGGAUACAUUAAACUAAUAAAUUUUAUUAGACUUAAGAAUCCUACAGUAGAAUAUAUGAAUUCCAUAUACAACCCAGUGCCUUGGGAGAAAGAAGAGUAUUUAAAGCCGGUAUUAGAAGAUGACCUUUUACUUCAAUUUGAUGUAGAAGAUCUUUAUGAACCCGUGUCAGUUCCAUUCUCAUACCCCAAUGGACUCAGUGAAAAUACAUCAGUUGUUGAAAAAUUGAAACACAUGGAAGCCAGGGCACUGUCUGCUGAAGCUGCGUUAGCUGGAGCGCGUGAGGAUCUGCAAAGAAUGAAACAAUUUGCUCAGGAUUUUGUGAUGAAUGCAGAUGUCAGAACCUGCUCGUCAUCUACAACUGCCAUUGCAGACCUCCAGGAGGAUGAGGAUGGCGUUUAUUUCAGCUCAUACGGGCAUUAUGGGAUACAUGAAGAAAUGCUGAAGGACAGAGUACGAACAGAAAGUUACCGAGAUUUUAUAUACCAAAAUCCACAUAUCUUCAAAGAUAAGGUAGUUUUGGAUGUUGGUUGUGGAACUGGAAUUCUCUCUAUGUUUGCUGCUAAAGCUGGAGCAAAGAAGGUUCUUGGAGUUGAUCAGUCUGAAAUACUUUACCAGGCAAUGCAUAUCAUAAGACUAAAUAAACUUGAAGAUACUAUUACGCUAAUUAAAGGAAAAAUCGAAGAAGUUCGUCUUCCUGUAGAAAAAGUGGAUGUUAUUAUAUCCGAGUGGAUGGGCUAUUUUCUUCUUUUUGAGUCCAUGUUAGAUUCUGUCCUUUAUGCAAAGAACAAAUACUUGGCAAAAGGAGGAUCGGUCUACCCUGAUAUUUGCACUAUCAGCCUUGUGGCAGUAAGUGAUAUGAAUAAACAUGCCGAUAGAAUUACUUUUUGGGAUGAUGUCUAUGGCUUCAACAUGUCGUGCAUGAAGAAAGCAGUUAUUCCAGAAGCUGUGGUGGAAGUUUUAGAUCCAAAGACUCUUAUUUCAGACCCCUGUAGUAUUAAGCAUAUAGAUUGCCAUACGACAUCUGUCUCAGAUUUGGAGUUCUCUUCAGAUUUUACCCUAAAAAUCACAAAGACAUCAUUGUGCACGGCAUUUGCUGGCUACUUCGAUAUAUAUUUUGAGAAGAAUUGCCACAACAAGGUUGUGUUCUCUACGGGCCCCCAGAGUACCAAAACACACUGGAAACAAACAAUAUUCCUAUUGGAAAAGCCAUUUUCAGUUAAAGCAGGUGAAGCCUUGAAAGGAAAGAUCACAGUGCACAGGAAUAAGAAAGAUCCACGGUCUCUCAUUGUGACCCUCACAUUGGAUAAUUCAACUCAAACUUAUGGUCUCCAGUGAAAAGUCCACAAAAGCACAACUACUUUGCAGUUUUUGU